AUGAAACGUCACUCCGGCUUUGCCUCGGAUGCGUUGAAAGAAGAGAACGCGACGACUGACUUGAAGGCCUACAAUGCCUUCAAGGCGCGUCUUACCCUUAUGGUUAUUAUUGUCUUUGACAUAGGACACAGGGGAACUCCUGCCCCCAGACAAGAGAUGUCCGUCAUUCUCGUCACUGGCUCUUAUGAUCACGAAAUUCGUUUCUGGGAAGCUUGGAGCGGUAUUUGCUCACGGACUAUCGCCCGAACCGGCGAGGCUGGUCAAGUUAAUCGUUUAGCAAUAUCACCAGACAAACGUUUACUUGCCGCGGCUAUACACAAGAAAAUUUGCAUCUACGAAAUUGGCAACUCCUCCUCAGACCCUAUAGCCACGUUUGAGGGACAUACCGGCAAUAUCACUGCUGUCUCAUUCCACAGCGAAGGGAAGUGGCUUGUCACUGGGAGUGAAGAUGGGACAAUCAAGAUCUGGGACCUCAGAACCUCCCAACUCUUCAACAACUACGAUAACAUGUCUCCUAUUAACGAUGUUGUCAUACAUCCGAAUCAAGGCGAACUUCUAUCUUGUGAUCAAGCGGGAAGAAUCAAGCAGUGGGAUUUGUCAGAGAACGUUUGCAACCACGAGCUUACACCAGUAGCUGAGCUUCCUAUGCGUUCCAUCACCCUCGCCGCCGACGGGUCAUUAUUAGCAGCAGGCAAUAAUAAAGGCGAUGUCUAUGUCUGGAGAGUCAACGACGAGAAUUCUGGUCUCCCUCGUUUCCACGCAGUUACCCGAUUCCAUGCUCACAAUAAGUAUCUGACGCGUUGUCUGCUCAGUCCUGACGCCAAGUACCUCGCAACCUGUUCUGCGGACACCACAGUCAAGAUCUGGACAAUCUCCCACAAUUUUCAAUUCACAGAAGAGAAAACUCUAGUCGGGCACCAAAGAUGGGUUUGGGACUGUGCAUUCAGCGCGGAUUCCGCCUAUCUUGUGACAGCAUCAUCAGACCACACUGCUCGAUUAUGGGAGAGGGCGUCUGGUGAAAGCGUACGACAAUACAACGGACACCACAAGGCGGCGGUCUGUUGUGCACUCCAUGACGGUGCAAGUUGA